GCCUGUUUACUCAAGUUAGAUGUAGGGGCCUGUGGAAACAUGAAGAGGAUAAAUAGCUGUGUGAAGAGUGAUGAACAUGUCCUGGAGGAGUUGGAAACAGAAGGGGAGAGGCAGCUGAAAAGCCUCCUUCAGCAUCAACUUGAUACCUCUGUGUCCAUUGAGGAAUGUGUAUCUAAAAAAGAGAGCUUUGCUCCUGGUACUAUGUACAAGCCCUUUGGGAAGGAAGCAGCUGGGACUAUGACUUUGUCCCAGUUCCAGACACUGCAUGAGAAGGACCAGGAAACUGCUUCCCUCAGGGAACUAGGGCUCAGUGAAACAGAAAUCUUGAUCUGGAAGAGCCAUGUUUCAGGUGAAAAGAGGACGAAACUGAGGGCAACCCCUGAAGCAAUACAGAACCGUCUUCAAGAUAUUGAAGAAAGGAUCUCAGAGCGCCAGCGCAUCCUUUGCCUACCCCAGAGAUUUGCAAAGAGCAAGCAGCUGACCCGGCGAGAAAUGGAAAUAGAAAAUUCUUUAUUUCAGGGAGCUGAUCGUCACUCCUUCCUCAAGGCUCUUUAUUACCAAGCAUACCACAAAAAGACAAGUGCAGACAAGUACAUGACCUCAAUGAAGAGGAAGAUAAAAUUAGGCACAAAAGAUGAACCCCAAAAGAAGAACAAAGGUGAUCCCAUGAACAACCUGGAAAGUUUUUACCAAGAGAUGAUAAUGAAAAAACGUCUUGAAGAGUUCCAACUUAUGAGAGGUGAACCCUUUGCUUCCCACUCACUGGUCUCAGCUACAUCAGUGGGAGAUAGUGGCACAGCUGAGAACCCAUCAUUACUCCAGGACGAGGGAAAACAGGCAGCACAGGGUAAAGGUCCCAGUCUCCAUGUGGCAAAAGUUAUUGAUAAUUCACCUGAGCGGUGUUGGACUGGGCCUAAGAAGCUGACGCAGCCAAUAGAAUUUGUCCCAGAAGAUGAGAUCCAGAGAAAUCGUUUGUCAGAGGAAGAGAUCCGAAAAAUUCCUAUGUUUUCUUCAUAUAAUCCAGGGGAGCCAAACAAGAGCCCCAGGAAAGAAUGCACACUGUGGCAAGAAAAACUAACUGUUGUUCAUACAUGAAGCAACUUCAAUGAAGUUAGGUUGGGAAAGGUGCUGACCUCUAAGAUCUUUGGAAAUUUGUGGAGUCUGGAAAACUAAAGACAAACAAGACUGCACACCAUCACUGUAUCCUAGUUGACACGGUUGUAUCCCAUACGGGUACUGGUUAACAAUUCUGGUACUGAUAUACAUGUAUAAGGAAAGGUAGCAAUGGAUGGCAGAUGGUGGAAGCCAGGUUUCUCACUGUUGGAAUUUACAGUUAAGCAAAGGGAGGAAGCUAGAAUGAUCCAUGUGAUAAUGGUUUAGAGUUGGAGACAUCAUUGUGAAUUCAUGUUUAGCAUAAAAUAGAUAUAUAUGGUUACAUGGAGAAAUAUUUAUAAAUAUGUGUAUACAUACAAGUCAGUAUAAACGGUUUUUCUUCUCUGUCAGCUGAGAGGGUCUAAAUGAAACGACACUGCAGCAGCAACAAGGUCUUAGUUCCUAAUACCAUUCUCUAAUAAAAGGAACCAGAGCUCCUUCAAGAAAUGGUUUGUUCUAUUACUGGGGCAGGAAAUAUACGAGAUGAGCCUUGAGCAUCUUGAAAUGACAAAAAGUAAGGAAAUAAUAAAAACAACAUAAAAACAUUGUUGGGGGCUUGUCAAAGAUGCACAGGAGCCAACUGAAAGAGUUUCCAAUAACCAAUGUUGGAACAAUUUGUGACAAACUAAGUAAAUUAAUAUUGGAUUAUAACCCAAAGUAUAGUAUAAGAAUCUAUGUGUCCAUGCUGAUAAUAAAUAAAAUGAAUAAAUCAAUAAAUGGGGGAGACAAAUAUCCCAUGCAGAGUUCUAAAUCAUUUAUGUAGGUGUUCUACCUAAAGAAGGGAGAGUAUAACUCCCCACUUCGUGGUUUUGAACUACUUAUAAUGACUUCUUUCCAAAGUGUACAGUAUGAAAAGGCAGAAAAAAAAGAGCAACAUUAUAAUAUAGAAACCGAGCACAUACUACUUCAGCCAGGUGAUCCAAGGCCAAUGUCAACAUGAUUUAUGACUGUGCAUGCUUCAUUUGAUAUGAUCAAAAUUACACUUUUGCUCUGUGGGCUUCCUCCUAAUAAUACAUAAUCUCAAUCUCACCAUGAGAAAACACCAGAAAAAUUCUAGUAGUGGGGCAUCUUACAAAAUAACUGACCAUUACUCCUCAAAACUGUCAAGAUCAUUAUAAAGAAGGAAAGUCCAAGAAACUGACACAGCCAGGAAGAGCCUAAAGAUACAUGAAAACAAUGUACUGUGGCAUCCUGGAUGGGAUCCUGGGGCAGAAAAAGGACAUUAAGGAAAAACUUAGGAAAUCUAAAUUAACUAUGGGCUUUAUAUAAUCAUAUAGCAAUACUAAUUUAUGCAAGCUAUAGUCAAAUGUAAGAUGUUAAUAAUAGGGAAAACUGAGGGUUACAUGGGAACUCUUUGUAAUACUUUCUCAGUUUUUCUCUAAAACAAACUUAUAAAAAGUAAAGUGUUUAAAAAAAUUUUAAACAGGUAGCUGCAGAAUACAUACAGUAUAAUAACAUUUGUGUAAAGUUCAAAACGUAAAACAAUACUGUGUAUUGCACAGGGAUGCUAGGAAGAGCUUCAUCCUCUAUUAUCAUUUGGAGUUUGUUUUUCUGUUUCACAGAAAUGCUUAUCUUGUAUUCAAGUCUAGCGAUAUCUUUGUGUGUACCUUUAUAUAUAUGCAUACAUAUGAAUAUAUAUGUAUGUUGUGGAUAUACACAUACAUACAUACCUGUGUAUGGGAUAUAUGUAUGUAUGUGUGUGUCUGUGUUUUUGGAGCAGAGAAGAUGCAUCCAAGCAAGAAGUGACCGAGCCACUUUGACUAGAAGCCCUCUUGAUUUUUAAAAAAUGUUCAUAUCAAAGGGAACAAUCUUAGUAUGAAUCUUUCCUACUUUUGGUGAGAAUAUUGCAAUAUGUUUCACAUACCCUUUUCUAUGAUUAUUUAAUUUGAUGAUACUUUCAUGAUGAGUAUUUCAGGGUCAAAACUCUAGCUCACCUGUAAUCACUCAGAUAAAUCAUAAGUCAGUUGCCCUAUGCCCUUGCUUUUAAGAUACUAGUUAAAUGCUAAAUAUGUGAAUAUUCAGCUUCUAAAGACUUUGAGAUAGAGUCUACUGCUUAUUACAAUGUUUAAUAUAUUCAUACCUUCUAAUGGUUAAGUCAUUUAAAUGGGCUUUAUUUUUUCUUUGCUUUUGCUGCUCCUGUCUUAAUUCUUCUCAAGUUCCUUUUAUCUAUAAAGGGUAUAACUUUAUGCCAGCUAACAUAUAGAGAUGUCUCUUUGUCACUCCAUCCAUUUUUUAUUAUACUAAAAUAUGCAUAACCUGAGAUCUGCCCUCUUAACAAAUUUUUAAGUGUACAUUACAGUAUUGUUAGCUAGAGGCACACUGUUGUAUAACAGAUCUCUUGAACUUUUUCAAAUUUCAUGACUGAACUUUAUAACUAUUGAAGAGCAACUCCCCAUUUUCCCCUCCUCCACACUCCUGUCAACCACUAUUCUACUUUAUGCUUCAAUGAGUUUGACUACUAUAGAUACUACAUAUAAGUGUGAUCAUACAGUCUUUGUCUUUCUGUGACUGGCUUAUUUCACUUACCAUAAUGCCAUCAAGGUUCACCCAUGUUGUAGCAAAUGACAAGAUUUCCUUCUUUUUUUCUGACUGAAUAAUAUUCUGCUCUAUGUAUAUACAAUAUUUUCUUCACCCAUUCAUCCAUGAUGGAGAUUUCGGUUGUUUCCACCUCUUGGGUAUUGCAAACAGUGCUGCAAUAAACGUGUGAGUUCAGAUACCUCUUUGAGGUCCAGAUUUUAAUUAUUUUGAAUAAGUACCCAAAAGUGGGACUUGCUGGUCCAUGUAUGAUAGUUGUAUUUUUAAUUUUUUUGAGGAAACUCCAUACUAUUCUUCAUAGCAUCUGCACCAUUUUAUAUUCCUACCAACAGUGUGCAAGAAUUCCAGUUUCUACAUCCUCGACAGCACUUAUUUGAGGAAAUGUCUGUUUAGGUCUUUUGCCUGUUUUUGAAAAUUGGG